CCAAACUCGACAGCAGGCACUGAGUCACCAAGCUCGACAGCGGGCACCGAGUCAUCUGGCACGACAGCAGGCACCGGGUCAUCAGAUAGGACAGACAAGACAGCGUGCACUGGGUCAUCACAUAGGACAGACAAGACAGCGGGCACUGGGGCGUCAGGCUGGACCACGGGCACCAGGGCGUCAGGCUGGACUGAAGGCACCGGGGCAUCAGGCUGGACCGCGGGCACUGAGUCACCAAGCUCGGCAGCGGGCACCGAGUCACCUGGCACGACAGCGGGCACCAAGUCAUUUGGAAGAAUAGCGAGCACCGAGUCAUCUGGCACGACAGCGGGCACCGAAUUAUUUGGCAGAAUAGCGGGCACCGGGUCACCAAGCUCGACAGCGGGCACCGAGUCAUCUGGCACGACAGCGGGCACUGAGUCACCAAGCUCGACAGCGGGCACUGAGUCAUCUGGCAUGACAGCGGGCACCGAGUCAUCUGGCAUGACAGCGGGCACCAGGUCAUCUGGCACGACAGCGGGCGCCGGGUCAUCAGAUAGGACAGACAAGACAGCAGGCACCAGGGCGUCAGGCUGGACCGCGGGCACUGGGGCAUCAGGCUGGAUCAAGCUGGUUAGGAUCAUCAGGCUGGGUAGCGUACACUGGGUCAUCAGGCAUCUGGGCAUCAGACUGAACAGAGGG